GUUUUUACUUUCUGUUUAGUAUCUGUCCGGCAAUUGCUUCUCUAAUCAAUUAGAACUUGCGUAAUUUAUAAUGCGUAUUUAUGUGUAUCGCUUAAGUAUACUUUAGAUUUGCUACACAUUUACCUCUGGUGUCUGCUUCAAUGUAAUAGCGUGUUAUUGCUUGCAGUUAUGGAAGCGAUGGCUUUCGAAAUUUCGAGAUUUUUAAGUGUUAAAUAUACUAUAAUGUUUAAAUUAUUUAUAAUUGUAUUUUGUUUGUCAUAUAUUUCGGCAGCUCCAGUUUCUCCCUCUAUUUCUUCAUACAAAGAAUUUAUGAAAUAUUUGUCCCAAAAUAAAUGUCGCAUGCCUAAAGGUAUAAAUGUGCCAUAUCCAACAUUGAAUGCUCCCUUAGAGCUGUGCCAAAAAGACGACAGUAUUCAGAGAAAAGAAACACUAUAUUUAUGCAAAGAAGCAUUUCAGACUGUGAAAAAUAUUACUUGCAGUUCGGUUAACGUUGUACCUCCUAUUCGCGUACCAUUGUCUCCUGAUGUAUGCCAGGAUUUUACAAACUUGCAUGAGUUAAUCCCCAAAUCCUCAACGAGUAUUGGAACGAGGCUUGCAGACACACUUAUAUGUAAUAUUAUAUGCGCCGAUGAAUUAAAUGAAGUGUGCAGAUUUUUAUUAUGGACUUACCAAGUUCAAUAUAAAGUUGCCACUUUCCAAGCAGAAGAAGCAAAUGCUGAUGUCCAGGAAAAUGGUGAAGACUUGCAGACAUCUGACAAAAACAAAACAGCUACCCUUGACUCUGGAAAACCCUCCAAAUUUGCCCCACAAAAUCAUUCUGAUGUUAAUGCCUUGAAAGUAAACAGUUCUGUGGAAGAUAUUAAAAACUCACCGAAGUCAAAUGAUGUUGCAGAAAAUGUCGAUAAAAUCCCGGAUGCACUUCAACAAGCUGAAGAUGAUCAUAAAAAAGGUGAUCAAGGGAAUCCUCCCAUAAACGAAAAAGCACUUUCAGUGGAUGAAAUGGACCAAAUGAAGUUAAAAGAAUUGUCACAGAAUGACUCUUCGAAUCAAGUUCGAAGUACACAGGCUGCAGCUUCCAUCUCAGGGUUAGGAGAGAAUGAUUUACAUGGGGAUAUCUUAUCUCAAACCCCAAAUACUGGUACCAAUAUUGAAGAUCAAGUUCCAGUUAUGGAUAAAAUUUCUGAAAGUCUUAAUAAUAAAAAAAAUAAACCAGAUGCAAAUGAUCAGAAUGGAGGAAAUUUUGCAAAAUUUGUCAUUACUGGACAGAGUAAACAAUAUGAGCAUAAUAAAAAUAUAAAAGUGAAAACUUCUAAUGAGCUGAAACCUUUACCUCUAGAUCCUAAAACUUCUGAGUCUGAUCCUGAUGUGGGUGAUUCUACAAAAAAUGCAGUAUUGGGUAAUUCUACAAAAGAUUCUGGAAAUGAUGGAAAGAAAAUAAUCAUAGCAGGAAAUACUUCUGGUACAGCUGCUGAUAAAGAAACAAAGCUUCCUGGCGGUGCUAUGUCUGAAAAAGUUCAUGAAGAAAAUGUAAAGCCUAAUACAGGUAUUAAUUCUGGAACAGAAGUAAAAGUUGCUGAACCUACUGCACAUGUACAACCUACAGAAGAUAUUUCUAGUUCACCUUCUAAAAACAGUCCUGAGCUCUCUCUGAUUCCCACUACUGUAGAUGUUCCUCUAGAACAAAUGGAGGGAGAAAAUGACAACCAUCCAGCUGAUAAAGAGUCAGACCAGUAUAAUAUGGAAAACAAUGAGGGGGAUGUUGAGGGGGAAUAUUCAAAGUCAGAUUAUGAUGGUGCCUUAGAGCAGCCUGUAAAACACAAAGAACUUGAUUCUAAAGCACCUAGUCCAGUAAUUAUUAAAAAUGAAGUUACAGUGGAUAGAAGUAGUCUUGAUAAAGCUUUUGACAACUUUCCUUCAAGAAACUCCAUGAGUCAUGGGAUGCCAGAUGAUAUUCCAAUGAUCUCAUCUCUCCCAGAUCAAGAAGACAGUCAUUUCUUCUUCUAUUUCUUAUCAAUUGUCCUAAUACUGAUGGCCGGCUAUUUAAUUGUUCACAAUAAGCAAAAGAUCAUUGCUUUAAUCGUGGAAGGUCGUCACGAGCGAAGGCGCAGGUCUCACGGAGUUGGAUAUAAGAAGCUAGAAACCAAGUGAUUUUUAUGACAGAUCCAGCACUCGUGCAUUGUAUAUAGCUAAAUUGAACAUUUUCUCCUGUUUGAAAUUGUUUUAAGUAAAUUAUGAGGUAUAGCAAUUGAUGUUGUCCAUGUAUUUAUUAUCUUGUGGAGUUACUUUUGUAAUUUCUCUAAGUCAUAAAAAUAAAUUAUGGGUAGUCAACAAAAA